AUGGCCUCGACUUUGCUGCGACCUUCCGUGCCGUGCCGCGCGGGUGCCGUAGCUGCGCCGGUGGAUGCGAGGCUCUAUGACGCUGAGGAGCUUACUGCCCUACUGGCAGAAGCGCAAGUGCACCUGGCUGUGCUGGCAGAUAACACUGCUGCUGACACUGCUGGUGAGGCCAUGAGGAGGUUGGGCAAGCAGCUGACCUUCUCUGAGGAUCUGGCACUGGAAGGCGCAACAGGCGCGACGGCACAAAGUGGCCCUGAAGGUGCUAUUGAGUCGGACCCAACGCUGCUGCUGUUUGCGCAGUCGACGUCCAGCUCUAGCCUUCCAAGAGCCGUGGAGGUCUCGGGUCAUGCGCUGAGCACCCGCCUCGAAGCUGCACUCGCCUCCUGGAGCUAUAGCGACGGUGAUGUCGUACUGUCCCUGGGCCUCACUGCGGGAGAGAACUCCUCCUUGAUCGACGCUGUGGAGGCACCUUUAGCCGCUGGAAGCGCUGUGGAAAUGGUGCAGUGUGAGACUGUUUGGGACCUCUGGUCGUCCCUAGAGACCAGCGACGCGUCAGUGGUCUUCUUGGACUCCAAGUGGUGCUGGCGACUCGUCCAAAGCUACGAGUCUCUGGCAGCCAGCGUGCAACAGGGCCUUCGAGAGCGAACUCAGAGGCCGGCCGGGCGUGCUGCCCACGUAUCCGAACUCCGUUUUGGAAACGACCAGGACCUGGCGAAGCGCUGGCAGGAGAUCUUCAACUGCCCGUUGACCUGGCACUUCAGCUGUGCUGAGGCGCACAACGGGGAAUUUGACCGUUCAAGAUGA